UUCCGACCCGCUGGGCCCCGCGCGACUCGGAUCCCGAUCAGCUCUUUCGGCCGGGAGUGGGUGGGGGAGCACCGGGCAGGGGAGGAGCCGCUGGAGCCGCGGGAGACGUCCCUUGGGAGGAGCCUCUUGAGGUACCCAGUCUGAAAUGCAUUAAUACCAAUGUGAGGCCUAAAUGGUGUGAUAACACCCAAGAGCCAGGAAAUGGCCACAGCCUUGGAACCAGAGGACCAAGAUCUUUGGGAAGAGGAGGGAGUCAUGAUGGUGAAACUGGAGGACGAUUUCCCCUGCGGGCCAGAGUCUGCCUUGCAGGGCGAUGACCCUGUGCUGGAGACCUCUCACCAGAACUUCCGACGGUUCCGCUACCAGGAAGCAUCCAGCCCUCGAGAAGCCCUCAGCAGACUUCGAGAGCUUUGUCAUCAAUGGCUGAGGCCAGAGAGGAGGACCAAGGAGCAGAUCCUGGAGCUGCUCGUGCUGGAGCAGUUCCUCACUGUCCUGCCUGGAGAACUGCAGAGCUGGGUGCGUGGCCAGCGGCCCGAGAGUGGCGAGGAGGCAGUGACGCUGGUGGAGGGUUUGCAGAAACGACCCAGGAGACCAAGGCGGUGGGUAACCGUCCAUGUUCAGGGCCAAGAAGUCCUGUCGGAGGAGACACUGCACCGAGGGGAGGAGCCGGAGUCUUCCAGUGAGCAACAAGAUCCAACACAGACCUUGACCCCUGAGCAGCCCCAUGAGGAAGUCCUGCAGAGCACAGAUCUGGGGACACCGGAACAGGAGAGCUCACAGCAUGAAGGGGAGCACCAGCCUCUGCAGGAAAGUGAGGUUCCAGUGCCCCAGGAUCCAGACCUUCCUGCAGAACAAAGGUCUGGAGACCCAGAGAUGGUUGCUCUUCUCACUGCUCUCUCUCAGGGACUGGUCACAUUCAAGGAUGUGGCUCUGUGCUUCUCACAGGAUCAAUGGAGUGAUCUGGAUCCAACACAAAAAGAAUUCUAUGGAGAAUAUGUCUUGGAAGAAGAUUGUGGAAUUGUGGUCUCUCUGUCAUUUCCAAUUCCCAGACUAGAUGAUACCUCUCAGAUUAGAGAAGAAGAGCCUCAGUUCCCAGAUGUCCAUGAAUCUCAAGAGCCUGCAGAGCCAGAAAUCCUGAGUUUUACCUAUACAGGAGACGUGAGUGAAGAUGAGGAAGAAUGUGUUGAGCAAGAAGAUACACAUAGGUCUGUUGUGGCAGACCCAGAAAUUCACCAGACUCCAGAUUGGGAAAUAGUCUUUGAGGAUAAUACAAGUGGACUUAAUGAAAGAAGAUUUGGUACAAAUAUUUCUCAAGUUAAUAGUUCCACAAAUAUUAGGGAAACUGUUCCUGGCCACUCCCUGACAGGGAGGCAACAUACCUGCCCUCUAUGUGCAAAAAGCUUCACAUGUAAUUCUCAUCUCAUUAGGCACUUGAGAACUCACACAGGGGAAAAGCCCUAUAAAUGUAUGGAGUGUGGGAAAAGUUACACACGGAGCUCACAUCUUGCCAGGCACCAGAAAGUCCAUAAGACGAACACUCCUCAUAAACAGCCUCCAAACCGGAAGAAUGUGGGUGCCCCUCUGACCCAGUCUGAGGGAAAUACCCGUGUGGAGAAACCAUAUAGCUGUGAUGAUUGUGGAAAGCAUUUCCGUUGGACUUCAGACCUGGUCAGGCACCAGAGGACACAUACAGGAGAAAAACCUUUCUUCUGUACUAUUUGUGGGAAAAGCUUCAGUCAGAAAUCUGUGUUAACAACACACCAAAGAAUCCAUGUUGGAGGCAAGCCCUACUCCUGUGGAGACUGUGGAGAGGACUUCAGUGACCACAGACAGUAUCUGACACACCGGAAAACACACGCGACUGAGGAGCUCUAUUUCUGCAGUCACUGUGGACGCUCCUUCAGCCAUAGUGCAGCAUUUGCCAAGCACCUGAAAGGCCAUGCUUCAGUGAGGAACUGCCGGUGUGAUGAAUGUGGUAAAAGCUUUAGCAGGAGGGAUCACCUCGUCAGACAUCAGCGAACACACACUGGAGAAAAGCCUUUUACCUGCACCACCUGUGGGAAAAGCUUCAGCAGAGGAUAUCAUUUAAUCAGGCACCAGAGAACCCACACAAGAAAGACCUAGCUAUGUGCCAUAUGUGGAGAACUUUAUUCAGCCCUCAGCUGGGCUGGUCUGGGCUCUGUGGUCAACCUUAGAAGACCUUUUCUGAGGCAUCUCUUUGACCUGCCCAUACCUUAUGUCACCUCUUCCAACAACCAAACAAAAGCCCUAUCCAGAACUUCUCAAAUUUUCUCAGUUGAGGUUUCUCCUUCACUGGCAUGCUCCUGCCUCUACCUCAUGGGUGUGAAGUAGGAGAUUUGGGACUUUACAAAAUUUUGUUUAUUAUAUUUUGAGAAACCUAGGCUAUUCUGUAUCCUGAAGACUACUUACCAGGCUCAACUUCAGUGUGGUCAAGGAUAAAUACUUAGGUCUGAUAAGGGACCAGCCUAAAGGGGUCUGUCCUUGCUGGGCUCAAUCCAUAAAGCACACAGCCCUACUGAGAGAUUGUCACACACUGAUGGGCUAGCUGCAGGUUCCUCACGGUCUCACCUCUUCACUGUACCUUUCCUUUGAUGCUGGAGACACGGGGGAGAGUGUUAAAAGACAAAUCCUUAGGCUGCUUCACAAGGAUUUUGGCAAGCUGCUCCCUUCCCCAUUGUCAGAAUGACACCAAGUGCCAUACACUGCUUCAAAAGUGGGCCUAAUCAAAAGCCCCCUGGGGUGCACCAUCCCCUGUCUAAAUCCUCCUGUCGUUAGCUUUUCCACUAUUCAGCUCCUGUCACUUUUGUCCCUUAUAUGCCUACUGCAAGGAAGAUGUAGUGCUGGAGUGCUGAAGAAUUCAGUAAAGCAGAAUUAAGUCAUGGGGAAAUCCAAUCCAUUCCCACCUGUGUGUAAGCCUGUCCUCCUUCCUUUGGGUUGUGAGAGGGAAUGUGGAGCACUGUGAGCGUAGAAAGGCACCAUAACCAGUGCAGAAUCACAACUGACUGGGUCACUUCCUUUACAGAAGGGAAACUAGAGAAGAUGUAAAACCGCUUUGGAAGAUAUGAAACAGCUGUUGCCACUGGCCAGGACUAUUAGGACUAUUGUGACACCAAGUCCUUAGUGUCCCUGCCUCAGUUCUCCAAUGUCAGGGAAGAUUAUGAACCCUAGUACUUUGGACCCUGAGAAUUCACCAGAAGUAAAGGGAUUUUUAUGUGUCUGUGUUAUUUGGGUUUUUAUAUAUAUAUAUAUAUAUAUAAGUUCAUUUUCAUGUAACUGUGAACUAAAAAGUAGUAUCUCCUGGUAGCCCCAGGGUCUUUGACCUGUUCAAGGUCCCCUGGAGGCUGAAAAACUCUGAACCUUGCGUGUCUGGCCAUCUGGAAAGGACUGGGGAGAGAUGCUCCAGAAAUGGAGUACAGGGUGUGGGAUUAAAGCAUGAGAAGGCUAUGAUAGA